UCUGAUAUUUUUGGACAUUUCGAAACUUGAAGUCCCAUUUCUCUUGCUUGGUGUACUGUUCUCUCCCCCCCGGAGCAAAACGCAGAGUUUCAAUCCUUCAGAGCUUCCGCCGCAGAUCAUCGGUGAAAGCUAGAGAGUACUACAGUGAAAAAUCAAAUCAAUGGAGGACAGUACUAGUUCCCCCAAUUCUACCUCCGAUGACCUCAAGAAACAUGUAAUGAAGGUUUUCAAGGACUCCACCCAUGACUGUGAGGACAUUUUCUUGAAAAAACAGUUUGAGAUGCUUUGUGACUAUGACUCCCUUAACAAUUAUGCGAUUUUGGUGUUCGAUUCUAUGGCGAAUUCCGGCAUGCCUGACGAAGCCAAAGAGCUCUUUAAGCCUCGCUCUGAGUUGGCCGUGCUGCCUGACGUGGCCGUCUUCACCAUUGUCAUUCGGUGCUAUGCCUAUGCCGGAAGGACCAAGGCUGCUCUCAAGGUGUACCACAGCAUGUUAGCCAGUGCUGUCGCCCCUGCCUCGGUUACUUACUCUAUACUCAUCACGGCACUUGCAAAAGACUCAUCUUCUGAUGUCACUUUCGUUGGGUAUGCCAAGAAGUACUUUUUGGAAAUGUUGGAUAAGGGGAUGAAGCCCCAUUCUGCCUCCUACACGACUGUGUUCGACGCCAUUGCCUGCCGGGAGUCAGUGGAGAAGGCCAGGGAGUUACAAUUAAUGUGGUUGAAGUAAAGAUGUUUCUUUUAGUCUGAUAAGUUUUCUCUUAAGUUAAUUGUUCUAUUGAUCAAUUCAAAUCAGUAAGAAAUGUGCUCUGAUUCUGCCUAUAAGGUAAUAUUUAUCAUUUAAUCAUUUUCCUUUUCUCAUUUGACCGUAAGGGAAUUUAUGUAAGUUUUGCACAUUUCAGUUGAAUGACAUAGUAAUUCUCAUGUUAUUAGAUUAUCAGUCAAUAAUAAAUGCAGCAUCUUCAAUUCUUCUUAAUAGUUUCAAGUUUUGACUAUCAAAUUAGUCUACAGGCAGAUAAAGCUUUCCUUCAUCCAGUUUAAUACCACUUGCCUGGAGAGAAGCCUUAUUUUAGAAGCAGUACCUAGUUUCUCUUAUUUUGUUGCUAAAAGUCGUGAACUUGCACAAAGGUAAUGCUUUA